UCUGACAUUUGUCGCUGCUGGUCAUCAUCACAGUACUUCAUGGAUUGGAUGUUUCUUAAGACAUGCUCGUAGUUCAGUGUUCGUAUAUGUUUAACUAUCUCAUGAUGAUAACGCACGUUCCAAUAACGAUAGCUGUUGCAACUGCAUCUCUCUUCUUGGUCUCAUUUAUGCUCUAAUGGGACAUUUUGGAAAAAGUGUCCCUCAGGCAGUCCAAGGAACGAAAGAGAGUUGCUACAACGUAGAAACUGUACACCGUGAAACACUUUGCUGCAAUAAAGAUCUCAAUGUAGGGGCAGGUCUUGUACGAGAGAAAGCCAAGUUCUCAAGUGCAGACGCCCUCAACUAAUAACCUUUAGAUUCUAAACAAGUUUUAUUCUAAAACUAGUUUAAAGCAGAUCUAGUGCAGACACAGUCUAUACAGUCGCGUGUCACUUAUCCGAGGUUCACUUAUCCAACACCUCAAUAUCCGACAGGUCAAGCUUGCCACGUGGGUGAUGAUAUGACUGAUGAUAUGACAGAUGACAUGACAGAUAAUGCAUCCUGCAAUUAUAUAAAUUCACAAUCAACCGUGAAAAGUAUAAUUUUUAUUUCUAGACCAAUAAGACAUUUGGUUCUUUUAGAUUCACAUCUACAUUCAGUAUACCUAUAUGGAAAAUAUGCCGUAUAAUAUGAACAAUAGUUGAGUACGUAACAGCUUCAGUUAUCCAACAUAUUCAAUUAUCCAACGGUGUCUGGUCCCAAGGGGUUGGUAAGUGACACGCGACUGUAUUUGUAUUUCUGUUUGUGUUUAUUAUUUGUGUGUCGUUUUGUUUGUCAGUCAGUCAGUCAGUCAUUCAUUCAGUUGUUUUGUUUAUAUUUUUUAUACAAUGGGUUUGCUGUUUCUUGUUGAUCACAAUUAUUGUUGUGCAAAGACUUUGUUUUAUCAAUAUUGAUUCUUGUUUCUUUGUAUUAGACUGUGUAUGUACUGACAUUUUUUUCGUAUUGUACAGUAUUCCACAGCAUCAACUGUUCUGUCAAUUGGCAGCAUACGGCAGCAGUUUAGCAUUAAAGAAAACAUACUCAUGUCACUGUAUGGUGUUGAAUUUUUGCGAAAUGUUGACCACCACUUGCGUGUCCCUGGCGGAGAUCGUGUAGAUGUCAAUUUUUAUGAAGGUGGAUAUUUAUUUUUGGCUUCAGAGAAGGAGAAACAUAUUCUACAAGAAAACUAUGAGGUUCAGAGAGAUACUGGAGCUCAGGUGAUGCUUUUGGAACCUACUGACUUGAAAAACAAGUACCCAUGGCUACAGACAGAUGAUCUAGCUCUGGGCUGUCUUGGAGUACGUAAUGAGGGAUGGUUUGAUCCUUGGCUGUUUCUAACUGCAUUUAAGAAGAAAGUUUUGUCCCUUGGUGUCUCAUAUCUUCAUGGUACUGUGAAGGCAAUAGAAACUGUAGGAAAGCAAGUGGAAAGUGUCAAGAUUUUACGUUACAGUAGCGAAUUACCUGUUUCCAUCACUUGCAAAUAUUUGGUCAACUGUGCUGGGCCUCAUGCUGCACAAAUAGCACAAAUGGCUGGUAUUGGAAUUGCUACAUCAACAGGUUUAGGUGAUGAUGAGAAUUCUGUAAUGAAAGUGGACCUACCUGUUCGUCCCAGGAAGAGAAUGGUGUUUGUUGUCAAGUGUCCAGAUGCAGGAAUUGAUGAGUGUCCUCUUGUUGUGUUGCCAAGUGGUGCUUAUUUCAGAAUGGAGGGAAAAGGAAGUGGCAUAUUUCUGACUGGUCAAGGACCGUCUCUGGAACUUGACUUCAAUUUUUCUCCAUUGACCGUUGACUAUGACUAUUUUAAUGAAAAAGUUUGGCCUGAUAUUGCUCAAUAUGUGCCAGCUUUCAAUUCAUUGAAGGUGCAACAUGCUUGGGCCGGCUACUAUGAAUACAACACAUUUGAUCACAAUGCAAUCAUUGGUGCCCAUCCAAUCAUUCAAAACUUCAUAUUUUGUAAUGGAUUUAGUGGGCAUGGAAUCCAGCAAUCACCAGCUGCAGCUCGAGCUGUUAGUGAAAUUGUUGUUGAUGGACAGUCUAUGUCUCUUGACCUUAAACGACUUGGCUUUGAGCGAGUUGUGCAAGGGAAAAUGCUUAAGGAGAGGAGUGUAGUAUAGCUGGAGUCUUGAUGGUGGCAAGAAGUUUGAAAUGUCCUCGACACUCACAUUACACUGCGAACUUCUAUACAUGGUUAGCCAUACUCUACAUGAUUUUUGCUAUAUUUCUUGCAUUUUGAUAGAAUUAGCUACUGGCUUCAACGCUGAUGUAAUAUUUAUACUACUAUUUGUAAUGACAUAGUAUAAUUAAGGAGCUCAGGAU